AUGGAGCAGAGCAUGACGAACCAUAAUUGCCGUGCCAGAGUGCUCGGUGUUGGCAAUAGUGCAGAAAAUCUCAUGCGGUGCUUACGGUCUGUCUAUUUGUGCAUGUUUUGCACAAUUGGGAUAGUAUGCACUUCGUUUUCUGUUUCCAAAAGCCCUUAUUCGACUGAAGGCGCAACCCAGUGGCUUUCGGUGAGCAUGUUGGUUACAGCCAUCAUCGCACUCAUGAGCUUUGUGGCCACGUUGUUGUUUGCUUUGGGCACACUGUUGUUUCCGCUUGUGAAUCGGACAUAUGGGGUGGUCGUGAUUAUAUUCGGCUGCUUGAUAGUUUUUUUCGCCAGUGUCUCUUACGGUCUGCUGCUGGGAUACAACCAUCAUCACGUUACUGGCAGUUCAGGGAAAAGCGUAGCCAGUCCAACUGUGGGAGAAUGGACAUUUGCCAGUGCAGCGCUUGGAACGGGCCUACUCACAAUCGGCCUCGUGACACUCAGUUCAGACGACAAUAUGUUGGAUAUAUAAAGGAAAGGAACAAGCACAAUACAGAUCCCUAAAAUGUGUCCAUACAUGUUCAUACGAACAACCCCUUCGUUGU